AUGGCCCCUGACUCGGCAUAUGACUUUAUUGUCUGCGGUGGCGGAACUUCCGGCUGCGUGGUGGCAUCUCGACUCGCCGAGGAUCCCAAUGCCAAGGUUCUCGUCAUUGAGGCCGGUCCUCACAAUGAGAAUCUUGAAAAUGUCCACAUGGUUGGAGGAUGGUCACAAAACUUUGACAAGGAGACGGACUGGAACGUCAUCUCCACAGAGGGCGCUGGCGUCAACGGUCGCCAGGUGAAGCUUAGCAGGGGCAAGUUCCUGGGUGGCUGCUCUGGCUGCAACGGUACCCUGAUUGUCAAGGGCACAAAACAAGACUAUGAUGACUGGAACCUCCCCGGCUGGAGCGGUGACGAGUUCUUCAAGUACAUGCGCAAGGCUGAAAACUUCCACUCCAAGCCCUGGUUCAACGAAUCCAAGGACUCCCAUGGUCAUGAUGGCCAUCUGCACACUGAGCCCCAUGACCUGGCUCCCAUCUCCAACCUCAUCAGGGACUCGAUGGUGUCCAAGGGUCUCCCGCUCGACCAUGACAUGUUCUCACAUGGAAACAACCCCCAUGGGUGCGGCCACUCUGUAAGAACUGUGUACAGUGGUCUUCGAACCACUGGUGCAGACUUCAUCACCAAGACCAAGCCCAAGGAGAACCUCCACCUCAUGGUCGAGACCCAUGUGGACAAGGUGAUCAUCGAGAAGGACGGGAAUGGCGACCUCAAGGCCACUGGUGUCCGCGUUGUUCAAGCUGAUGGCACCACUGUCGAGGUCAAGGCUCGCAAGGAGGUUAUCGUCAGUGGAGGCGCCUACUGCUCUCCCAACAUCCUCAACCGAUCUGGCAUCGGUGCCAAGGAUGAGCUAGCCAAGCACGGCAUUACCACCCUCGUCGACCUCCCCGGCGUCGGCAAAAACCUCCAGGAUCAUCUGAUCGUCUUCAUCUUCUACGAGACAGAAAAGGAGGGCUUGACCACUGACCACCUCGUCUACCACGGCGACGCUUUCGCCAAGUCCUACGCCCAGUGGAAGGAGCAAAAGUCCGGCUUCCUCUCCACGUUCCCCUUUGGCAUCUUUGCCUUUGCCCGUCUCGACGAGCGUCUCGCCGACUCUGAGAUCUGGAAGUCUGCUCCUCGAGAGGAGGGCCGAGACCCCAUGGGCCUGACAUCGAAGCAGCCUCACGUCGAGUUCUUUACGACAGAGUGCUACGGUGGACCCAAGCAAUUUGAUCAGUUCCCUGUUGACAAGAAGCACGCCUUUAGUAUCAUCGCUGAGCUGUUUGCCCCCAAGUCACGAGGAACCGUCACUCUUCGCAACUCGGAUGCCACAGCUAUCCCCGUGGUUGACUGCAACUAUCUGUCCGACCCCCUUGACCUCGAGGUCCUCGCCGAGGCCUGCGCCUUUGGCAAUGAGAUCGUCAUGGAGGGCGCGGGCACUAAGGACAUCGUCAAGGGCCCCUGGCCACCAGCCCUGACGCACCACAAGUACAAGACGCGCGACGACUGGAAGGAGUACGUCAAGAACGGCGCCACGACCUGCUACCACGCCAGUGGAACCUGCGCGGCCGGAAAGGCCGACGAUCCCAAGGCGGUGGUUGAUGAGAAGCUUAGAGUCCGGGGAGUCAAGAACCUCCGCGUGGCUGACUGUUCCAUUAUGCCCACCGUCAACAACGGACACACGCAGAUGCCUGCUUAUGGGAUUGGCGAGAAGGCGGCUGAUCUGGUCAAGGAGGCUUGGGCUUGA